GGCUCUGCCGGUGAUUCAAAGUAUUAUCACUGUUAUUGUUGUAUGAUAAUUCCUCAUCAUACAGUGCCGUAGAUGCAAGAUGGCGGAUCGAGGCCAACAAGACUUUAAUAGGAGCGCGUUGACAGUGCGAGGUGGACGGGCUUGGUACACGGGACAACGGGCAGAAAAGAUUCCCGGAGGUCUAGUGGGUGUCGUCGGCGAGGAUUGUACAAGUUUAGAUCUUUCUUACAACGAACUGUCUUCAAUUACCACCGUCAAACAUUUUCAAAGUCUACAGGAAUUGAUACUCGACAAUAAUAAACUUCGGGACCUCAAGACAUUGCCUUGUAUACCAACACUGACUACUCUCAGCUUAAACAAUAACAAGAUAACCGACAUAGACUCAGCAUUAAAAAGGAUACAAGAAUGCUGUGCAAACGUAGUAUACGUAAGUUUGCUCGGCAAUCCAGGAUGUCCCGAUCAGUUGACCAACCCAUCAUCCACCGACGAGGAGGAUUACGAUCGCUACAGACUCUAUGCAAUCUAUGUAUUACCACCGACCCUGCGUUUCCUGGACUCGCGUCCAGUUACACGUCAGGAGAAAAUAGACGCUGAGAGACGAGGGAAGUAUUCAAGGACAGUGAAAUUGGUUCCAGAAUUGUCGUCCACGAUCGUUCCCAACCCCGUGGAGGAAAUCGACGACAUAUUUUUCAAUAUUCAUUACACGCCUCUGCCGACAUCUAUUAGAAACCCCCUUGAUCACAAAGGAGCAUUUGGAAAAUGUAAAUACCGAUAUUCUGGAAAAAACUCUGAGGGGAAUAGAUUUAUUUCGAACAACGAUCUUUGAACGAAGACUGUGCAGGUCGAAGUAUCUUUGGAUAUAGGUCAUGGUUUCUCUAGUGAGCGAUAAAUGUAACAGUCAGGCCCGUAGAGCAAGUACUGAUAAAAACGAUGCACAAAUUUUUCUUUCAUUCGUUAUCAAUUUUUCAUCGCUACAAAAAUCUCGUAUCUACGCGUCUGUGUCAUAUAAUAGUUAUUAAUUCCUUUUAUAUACUUAUACACAUAUAUUUAUGCAUAUGAAAUAAAGUAAUAUAGAAC